AUGUAUGGUACUAGUCUCAAGAAAACCUCAUUGGAUGCACCAGUCCAACAAUCUUGGUGCUCCAAGGAUUAUAGUAUGGGCUGGUACAGAAUUGUUUACAGUUCUUCACAACAUUCCACAAGCAACUCUUGCAAUGGUAACAUGGCAUAUGAUGCAUUUCUUGUUUUUUCACGAGUUUUAAAGAUUGACAGCAUUCAUAUUUUUGACGAGAAAAACUUAAAUGCUCCAUAUCCAAGUAUUUCAAAUAAAGAAUAUAUGCGAAAUGUAAUCGGUUUAUCAUUUGAUUAUGUAAACCAAAUAAUAUUUUACUCCGAUAUUCAAAGAGGAAGCAUAAAUGCAGUGUUUUUUAAUGGAACAAAUCAUACAGUGAUAGUUGAAAAACAGGGAUCAGUAGAAGGAUUGUCAUUUGAACCUCUUCAUCGUGAAUUAUAUUGGACUAGUCAUAGUGAUGCAUCUAUCAAUCGCAUUCGUUUAGACAAUUCUUCUUCACACCCAGAAAACAUAAUAAAAUUAAGUUCUGAUGAUAAGCCAAGAGGUAUUGCUGUGGACAGUUGUACUUCGAGAGUAUACUGGACAAAUUGGAAUACUCGUUAUCCUAGUAUUCAAAGAGCUUAUUUUAGUGGUUAUGAUUUAGAAUCUAUAAUUACAACAGAUAUCAAAAUGCCAAAUGCUCUUACAAUUGAUCAUCAGUCUCAAAAAAUAUAUUGGUCAGAUGCAAAAUUAGAUAAAAUUGAACGCUGUAAUCUGGAUGGAACUGACCGUCAUGUACUAUUAACUGAAGAUCCUCAACAUCCAUUUGAUUUAGCUAUAUAUGGAGAUUAUUUAUUUUGGACUGAUUGGCUUGUUCAUGCUGUUUUGAGAGCCAAUAAGUAUACUGGAAGUGAUGUCGUAAUUUUACGUAAAAAUAUUGCAAGACCAAUGGGAAUAAUUGCUGUUGCAAAUGAUACAAAUGAUUGUACCUUGAAUCCCUGUUAUUCAUUAAAAGGAGGGUGUGAAGAUACUUGUUCUGUUGCUUAUAAUGGAAGUGUGAAGUGUUCUUGUUUUCCUGGAAGAAUAUUAUUACCUGAUGGAAAAAGAUGUGCUGGUAAAAAAGUACUAUUAACUGAAGAUCCUCAACAUCCAUUUGAUUUAGCUAUAUAUGGAGAUUAUUUAUUUUGGACUGAUUGGCUUGUUCAUGCUGUUUUGAGAGCCAAUAAGUAUACUGGAAGUGAUGUCGUAAUUUUACGUAAAAAUAUUGCAAGACCAAUGGGAAUAAUUGCUGUUGCAAAUGAUACAAAUGAUUGUACCUUGAAUCCCUGUUAUUCAUUAAAAGGAGGGUGUGAAGAUACUUGUUCUGUUGCUUAUAAUGGAAGUGUGAAGUGUUCUUGUUUUCCUGGAAGAAUAUUAUUACCUGAUGGAAAAAGAUGUGCUGCUCGACCUGAUUGCUCUCUACAUCCUCUUGUAAAAGAUCCAAAACAAACAUUAAUUAAUUGUUUAUAUACUACUGCAUGCAUUCACCCUGCUUGGAGAUGUGAUGGCCAAAAUGAUUGUUGGGAUAAUUCAGAUGAAGAAAAUUGUGGAACAAGCAAUAUAGCAAAUAGAGAAUGCAAUGCAGGAUUUUUUCAUUGCUCUAAUGGUCGCUGUGUGCCAGAAUCUCGAAUAUGUAAUGGUCAAAACAGUUGUGGUGAUUAUAGUGAUGAAGCUAAUUGCACUUGUGCAGAAGAUCAGUUUCGUUGUAAGCAAGGACCUUGUAUAAGCAAACAAUACAGAUGUGACAGAGAUCCAGAUUGUCCUGAUUCUAGUGAUGAAAUGGAAUGCCCUCGACCUGAUUGCUCUCUACAUCCUCUUGUAAAAGAUCCAAAACAAACAUUAAUUAAUUGUUUAUAUACUACUGCAUGCAUUCACCCUGCUUGGAGAUGUGAUGGCCAAAAUGAUUGUUGGGAUAAUUCAGAUGAAGAAAAUUGUGGAACAAAAGCACCUGCAUUAUCUUGUCCUUCAAAUUCAUUCAAAUGUGAUGGUGGUCUUUGCAUUCCUAAAAUAUGGCAAUGUGAUAGAGAUGAUGACUGUGAAGAUGGAAAGAAUGGAACUGUUAGUUCUGAUGAAAGAAACUGUGCUUAUGGGUGUCACGAUGAUCAGUUUAAAUGUGGAAAUGGUGACUGUAUACCUUCAAUAUGGCAAUGUGAUGGUCAUCCAGACUGUCCUGAUCAUACAGAUGAAUCCAAAAUUUGUAUUACUAGACCAUGUAGAGAAAAUGAGUUUCGCUGUAAUUCUACUGGUCAAUGUAUACCUCAAACAUGGGUAUGUGAUGGAGAAAAUGAUUGUGGUGAUCAAGAAGCAUCUGAUGAACAUCCUGCACAUGGAUGUCCUGUAAGCAUGUGCAAACCCAAUGAAUUUCAGUGCCUCAACUUUGUGUGCAUUAUAGAAAGCUUCUAUUGUGAUGGUGAUAAUGAUUGUGGAGAUAAUUCAGAUGAACCUGAAUAUUGUGAACAACGUUCUUGCAAAGAUGAUCAUUUUAAAUGUAAAAGCAAGAGAUGCAUUCCAAAAAUGUGGCUAUGUAAUGGAAUUAAUGAUUGUGGUGAUAAUUCAGAUGAGGAUAAUAGUGCUUGUGUUCAUAAUGUUACUACUUCUCUCUGUCCUGACAGUAAAUUUGAAUGCAAAAAUGGUGUAUGUGUUGAUAUGGAUCUUCUGUGCAAUGGAGAAAAUAAUUGUGGUGAUUACUCUGAUGAAUCAGAAUGCAAUAUAAAUGAAUGUUUGAUAAGAUCUAGCUGUGCUCAAAAAUGUGAAGAUUUACCUAUUGGCUACAAAUGUAGUUGCUCUGAAGGUUAUAAAUCUCAAGAUGGUGGACGUAUUUGUGAAGGUAACUUUGUUUUACUUACUUUUAAUCUUUCAAAACUUGUGAAUACUCUUACAGAGAAUUAUUUAAUGUAUAUGAAAUUUCUUUAUUUACUAAAUCAAUCUACAGAAAACCUCAAUUACAGGCUUGUUUAUAAUAUACAAAGGAAUAUAACUUAA